AUGACGCCGACAGUUUUCCUAAGCGCAGCUUUCUUUGCAGUCUUCAUUGCAUCUUCCUGCCAAGGGGACGAACUCCCUCUCUACAAAGCCUGUCUCAUGGAGUGUUUCCGGUGCGUCAAGACAUACGGAAAGCAAGUGUACAAUGGGAAACUCUGUGCUGAGAACUGUGCGGGGUCUAAUGGCAAAAGCAUUGACGCUAAGUGUGACAGUCCGACAAAGCGUACAGCGAAUAAGCCAAUGGUAACCUCAAGCUGUGCCAAACUGUGCUCAUACAAGUGUGCCCAAAACUUCCUUCCCGACAGCAUGGACGCGCAUGACUGCAUACUUAGAUGCGUCAUAUCCGGCGAGAAGAUGGUCGAAUGCUAA